AUGGUGUGUGUGCGUGUAUGUAUGUGUGUGUAUGAGAGAGAGAAAGAGAGAGAGAGAGAAAGAGUGCGCGCGCGUGUGUGUGAGAGGGAGAGCACAUGCUUAUGUGUGGGUGUGUGUGUGCGCGUGAAGGUGUGUGUGUAUGUGUGUGUGUGUGUGAAUGUAUGCAUGCAUAAGAGUGUGCGCGUGCUCGUUCCCAUCCAUCCGCUCGAGCAUCAUCAUCAUCAGUCUGACCACCUGGACCUGGAGCAGGGGAUCGGCGGAAUCAACCCUCCGGAGGCUGAGAAGAAGGUACGUCCUCCCCCGCUGACCGCCCACCCCCAUCACUACCACUACCGCCGCCCCCCACCCACCCCCUCCCAGCUCUUUCAUCAACCUGAGGCUCAGGAUCAGCUCGCGCGAGUGGUCCUCUCACUCCCUGCUCCAGGAGAGGCUCACCUGUUCCAGAAGGCUCUGCUCAGCAUUUGCACAGUCAUAGCCAGAUGCAGCGUCUGUGAUCAGAAGGUACUGGACGCUGAGUAGGAUGGAGCCUCGUCAAGCAUGGAGACAGAUGCAGAAGUUUGCUUGGAUAUGAGAAGUGUACGAGUUUAUGAGUGUAUGAGUUUAUGAGUGUAUGGCACUGUUGAAGCUCUACGCUCUCAUCUACAUACCAGUGCCUGAGCUGUUUUAUUAAUAAUACAGACUCCUCUACGCCCUGCAGUUUGGCUGCUCUUGGAAAAGAGAGGAUGGGUGAUAAGCCCAUGAAUACAAUUCCUGCCUCAUCCUGGCAAAAUCCCAAUUAUCCUCAUCCUAUCCUCUCAUGGAUCCCACUGCCUCCCCCAGCCCUCUGUGGAACCUGUCGCUCGCCAGCCAGAGGCAGCCCAACACCACCCAGACCAAUGGCUCAGGAAUGAUUCUACCCGGUGAUGGUGCUGAGCUCCAGAUGCUGGCUCUGUGCUCGAUGGUCCUGAUGGACGUUCUGGCAGUGGUGGGCAACUUGGCCAUUAUGGCGGUCAUUGCCAGGACGCAGCGCCUUCACAAAUUUGUAUUCGUCUUCCACCUGUGCCUGGUGGAUCUUCUGGCUGCUCUGGUCUUAAUGCCUUUGGGGAUGCUAACCAAGAAAGCCUUCUUUAAUGAAGCCGUCUGCCAGGCGUACCUCAGUCUGAGCGUGGGGCUCAUCAGUGCCGCCAUCCUCACCAUCUCGGCCAUCAACGUGGAGCGAUACUACUACGUGGUGCAUCCCAUGCGCUACGAGGUUAAAAUGACCGUGGGACUGGUGGUCUCGGUUCUCAUAGGCAUAUGGAUCAAGGCUAUGCUCAUGUCUGCUCUUCCCUUGCUUGGAUGGACGUUGCAGAAGGACGAACCACGAUGCUGCUCUUUGCAUCUGAUGAAUCGAGGGUCUCACCGCUUAGUGUUUAUGAUCCUCUUCACGCUCAUCUACUUCCUGUGUCCAGUCCUCAUUAUCUUAGUGGUGUACUGUAACAUGUUCAAGGUGGCCAGGGUGGCAGCACUGCAGCAAGGUCCUGUACCUACCUGGGUAGAAACUCCACGGCCGCGCUCGGAGUCUCUGAGCAGCCGCUCCAGCACUGCAGCUAGUCUCGGAGGGACAAGGAACACACCCCAACGGAUUUUCGGUGGGGGCAAGGCCGCCGUUGUGUUGGUGGCCGUAGGGGGUCAGUUCUUAGUCUGUUGGCUCCCAUACUUCUCUUUCCACCUGUACUCCGCCAUCAUAUCCUCGUCACCCAGCGCCCUGGCUCAAGUAGAAGAUCUGGUCACUUGGAUUGGCUAUUUAUGCUUCACUUCCAACCCCAUUUUUUACGGUUGCUUGAACCGACAGAUCAGGGAGGAACUGGCGAGGAACAUGGCCUGCAUCUUCAAGUGGUGGCGGCCACACGAGGAGGAGCAGCUUCCCAGUAGGGAGGCUUCAAUUGAAGAGAAUUUCCUGCAGUUCCUGCAAGGAACAGGCUGCAACCUCGGGCCCAGAAACUCCCACAGCACGUCUGUCCCCCAUCACGAGGAUGACGAGACCCUCUCGGCCCAUCGCGGGCCUUCAGCUGACUUCCACAUUCCCGGGCAGGUCAUAGAAGAGACGUCAGAGUUCAUUGAGCAGCAGCAGCUAAACGACCUCAAAAUAUCGGACAACUGUAUCAUCAAAGCGAAACCUGAGCUGCAGGGUUAAUAUUGUGAAUGAAAGAUGUGUAAUAUAUAUAUAUAUAUAUUUUAUUUAUCUUUUUACAUGUUGCCAUGUUUGUUGUAAGUUCCUUUUGAUACUCAUACUUUGGCCAAACGAUUUGUAUGGAGAUAUUUGGUUUAGACGAUUUUACAUACAACUGUAUGGACGUAUGAAAAAAAAAUAUAUAUAUAUUUUCUACAGAAGAACUACUGAAGAGCUCUGCUCAGCUCUGCUCAGCUGAAAAACAGAUAAACAGAUAAACAGCAGUCGCUCCGAGUUGAACUGAUGAUCAAACUGAUCAACAAAAGAUCUCAUUGUUGUUCCUAUAGUUACUAAUGCUUUAUUUAUUGACCCACCAAUGAUGAGGGUUUGAGAGUAUGAGUUUGAUUGUGAGAGUGUGAGAGGUUGUUUGUUACAGGAUUCAGUCUUCAUUCACUGUUAGCUUCAUUAAAAUGUGGCAUUAUGAAUGUAGGCCUACCAGUGUGGCUUUCACAAGCUGUUGCAUUUUAUCUCAAGAUAUAUUGAUUCGUAUAGAAGCAUUAGAUACACUCAUCAUCAAUUAAUUAAUUAGCUGCACCCAGAAGGAAAGUGUCGGAGUGCAAUGCUAUUUGAAAGGAAGAUAAAGGUUUCCAGGAACAAUAAAUGAUAAAAAAAAAACUCUUGGCUAUAUUAAUACAAAUAAACACAUAUACUGCCUGGCCUAAAAAAAUAAAUCUCCACCUGGAUUUAACUAUAAGUAAAUGAUCUGGGGUUGAUGCUGCAGUUGGUCUGCAGGUUUAGGUUCAGUAACAGUAUGUGCUGAAAGAAUGAGGUCAGCUGACCUCAAUACCUGAAAAUACUGAAUAUAGACCAGGUUAUUCCAUCAAUGGAUUUUUUCUUCCCUGAUGACACGGCCAUAUUCCAAGAUGACAAUGCCAGGAUUCAUGGAGCUCAGAUUGUGAAAGAGUUCAGAGUUCAGGGAGCAUGAGAUCAUCAUUUUCACACAUGGAUACGUAGAUAGUUCACCACAGAGUCCAGAUCUUAACCUCGUUGAGAAUCUUUGGGAUGUGCUGGAUGGAGAAGAGCUGCUUUGUGCAGUGGUCAGACUCUACCAUCAUCAAUGCUGCUGCAAAGCUCUUGGUGAAAAAUUAAUCCAGCAACACUGGAUUGAAAUAAAUAUUUUGACAUUGCAGAAGCUUAUUGAAACAAUGCCACAGUGAAUGAGUGCAGCAAUCGAAGCUAAAGGCGCUCCAAUUAAAUAGUAGAGUGUGCAACCUUUUUUUUUUUUU